AUGGAAUCAAAUCUCACAACAAAUGUCUCGGCCGCGUCAUAUAAUUCCACAGCAACAAGUCAUAUCAACACAUUCUUCAACAUAUGGUCUGCCGUGUUCUUUAUCGUGUUGUCCCUAAACUUCAUAGGAAAUAUUUUAGUGGUUGUGGUCAUCAUGACAGAAAGAAAGUUUCAUAGCACGAUGAAUUAUCUGUUCGUGAACAUGGCAUUUUCGGAUUUUCUCGCUGGUGUCUUUGCGCUACUUUGGUAUAUCGCAAACUAUGUCGCACCGGAAUGGCGAAGUGACUGGGUCUGUCGGAUCGUCGCUGCAAACUCUAUUACCGUCCUCAGUGGUCUCGUAUCCAUUUUCACCCUAACGGCCAUCACGUUAGAAAGAUACCACGCAAUAUUGAAACCCCUCGAGCACAGAAUGUCUUGGUCUCGUUUCAGGGUAAUCCUCCUAGUGAUCUGGACAUUGAGCAUAACCUUCUCCUUGCCCUAUGUUAUAUUUAUGAAAUUUGUUGAAAGACAGAACAGAAAGAUGUGCAUGUUCCUACUCGGGAAAUGGCAACGGCAACUACUCACCAGUUUGAUGUUCAGUUUUAUGUACGUUUGCCCCAAUAUCAUCAUCUGUGUUGCGUAUGCGAAAAUUGUGAAAUACCUAUGGUUCAACCAAGAGAACAACGAGAUGCAAGAGUCUCAUAAAGCUUUGUUGCGCUCGAGGAAGAAAAUCACAAAAUUGCUUGGCUCCGUCUUGAUCCUUUUCAAUCUUUGUACCUUCCCAAAUUUCAUUGGUGAUUUUAUGCUAAGUUUUGGUGCGGUCGGUUACGGACACGUAUUUCCACAAAUUGUGUUCCUUAUGCAACUUGUCUCAACCUGCGUCAACCCAUUGAUAUUCUUUAUUCAGAGUAAUCAGUUCCGAAAACGACUUUUGGACACAAUUUGCUGCAAGAUCUCGGCAAUAGAACGGUGGUCUACAUUGCGAGGAACAGGAACCUCAACUAAAUCGCAGACAGUAUCGAUAAACCGUCAUUGUCGAACGACAUUGUAA